CCGCCCCGGCCUGCCUCAUCCAACUCACGCGCGCGACCGCUAGGGCUCCCCUGCACCACCGUCGCCCUGGACAAGGACAAACGCGGCCACCCCUGCUCCUCUCCGUCGACGUGAGGGAACCAGCGCCACCAUCGAGGAAAGGCCGCCGCCGCCACCCCUGGUCCUCCGCCUCUGGCACGAGGCCGCUGAUCCGUCCCUGCUCCUCUUCUCCAGCGCGAGGACGCCGCACUGCCCCUGCUUCUCCCCCACUGAGGCAAAUAGGAUGGCGUAGGGGCGGGGGAGGAGAAGAAUCUUCCUCUUCGCGGCGAGCCAUGCAUCUGUCGAUAUGGAAGCCCCUUUCCCACUGCGCGGUCGCCGGCGUCGGGAGCAGCGGCGGGGCGGGCGGCGCCUCCAGGAAAGGAAGCUGUGCUGUGGGAGGCGCUGGAGGAGGCAUCCGAGGAGGGGUGUCUCACCAAGUCCAGCGACGUGGCGCUCCUCGACGCCGGGGGCGGCGGCUCCGUGGGCCAGUCGCGGUUGCUGGCGCGGCUCAACGCGCAGCGCCAGUUCCUGCGCGACACGGCGCUGGAGGCCGAGCGCGCCUUAUCUACAAGGAGGAGCAACGCCCUGAAGAAGCUCAUGCUGUUGCUAGGCCAAGGAAGAAGCUUAAGGAGCUGCAUUCCUUCACAUUUAGCUACGAUGUAAUGGUUCACAAUCCAGAGUACAGCUUCAUUGUGAUCUAAUGUUUAAGCAAUAUUAAGAAUUCAGAGUUAUUGUGGUUAUCGCUUUAGCGAGCAGCCGCAACCCGCUUUUGACGAGGUGACUGUAAAUUGUGGUUAGCGCUUGUUCCAUCUAUUGCUGAACUUGCUUGGUGCGAUGCUGUAAACAUUGGUUCAAUGAAGUCUGAAGAGGUGUUUCUCUAA